AUGCUGCGACACCACGAUAAUAAAAAGAAAAACCGUUCGGGGAGAACCACUACCCUUCAAUUGGAACAAUUAGUUCAAUAUAUGGAGACGCAUUCAGAAUUUGCGUCAAAUAAGUUUUUAACAAAAGAGGGACGAGUGCACCAUAACCAGCAAUGGGCUGAGUUAGGAAAAAUGCUAAAUGAGUUAACGAAAGGACCGGGAAAGACAACGAAGCAAUGGCAGACAGUUUGGCGUGAUAUAAAAAGUAAUACUUCUAAAAAAGCAUCCAAGUUACGGAAUGAGAAAAAUCGAACAGGAAAUUUUCCAAUAAAUGCUGACCCGCUGGAUAACUUGGAACAGCGUGUAAUAGCAUAUAUGGGCCUGGAGUAUAUACAAGAUGCAUCUAAUGUUCCAGACAGUACACCGGAAGAAGAAGAAUAUCAGAUACAAUUAGAAAAUGGAAACGAAAAUGUUUUACAAAUUCCACCAACAACAACAUCAAUUGGAGAUUGUAUUCAUGUAGAUGUCAGACAAAACAAUAUUAAUAACGCUCUUACGGAAAAACAAACGUGCAGGAGCCAAUAA